AUGCCAGAUGCACGACUACAAGGCAAGGAAGCCCCCACCGUAUCCCUCAUCAACAUCAUUUCCUAUCCGAUCCCCACUCCAUUCGACACGGCCAUUCACAACUACCCACUCUUCAUUACACAACAGUCAAACCCAUGUAACAAGGUCCUCCACACAAAUGCACCGUCAGUGAGACGUCUCACAACCGGGAUGUCACUACAACCCCAGGCUCGUGUGUCCCGUACUCCCCGAGUUUCCUUGUCUCGCCUGAGCCGAGACCAAAGACGCGUGCGGUCCGAUGCCGCAAGAAAAUUUGUAGGGCCAUCCCGGUUGGUGGAAAGAACUGCCUGUAUGCCCGUACUUGCCGUACCGCGACCUUAUAUCUGCGCCCGCUGUUUGCGCGCGAAGCGACCGUCAAUCCCUCGAGCCUCGAUUGCCACUGACCAUGUGAGGCAAUACGCAAAUGCAACUCCCCAGCGCAGUAACAAUGAUGAGACACAGGAGGAUGAUAGUCGGGUGGAAAUUUCAGGUCCGCAGGAAGUGAAGGCAGAGCGAAGAGAAGAAGGCGCCUUGUCGCGGCGAUUACGAAGCAUGAGUGAGGAAGCCAUAGCGAGUGGUGCACAUGGAGCUGUCAAGGCUGUACAAGAGUCGGGCGGCUUCAGUGAGGAACUCAAAGCUCAAUUGGAACAACGCAUUGCCGGUGCAAGCCUACGAUCAUCAGAGGCAAACCUCCCGGCUGCUGCCUCUCGCCACGUACGCGACCUUGCCACGAGUGAGGCAUGGACGGGCACGGAAUCGAUACACGAUGCGAGUUUGCGCAUGCUGAAUGAUUCACGCAAACCUUUGCGAUUAGGCAGGCCGCCGAAGAUGCCAGGGGUUCAGCCACCGCGAACCGUUGAUACUGGACACAAGCGUAAUAAAGAAGGGCAUGGCCAGCGGCUCGCCGAUGCUAGGGACAGAAGCACUGUAUAUGCGCAUGUCAAAGAGGACGUCGAUCUGGAUGCCAUGGAGCGAGAGACGCGCUUCCAGCUACUCAAGGACCGGUUCGAUCCACACGCGCGGACCAUUGUUCCAGGUACCAUCUCUGGCAUUGCCUCCCUAGCCAGCCAGAGAAUCGAGGAUGCAAUCGCACGAGGCCAAUUCAACAACAUCAAACGUGGAAAGGGCAUCAACGUGGAGCGAGACCACAAUGCUUCGAGUCCUUUUAUCGAUACCACCGAGUACUUUCUGAACAAGAUGAUUCAGAAGCAGGAGAUUGUGCCCCCGUGGAUCGAGAAGCAACAGGAGCUCACGUCGGCCGCGAACAAGUCAGGCGAGCCGAGGCGUAUGCAAAAGCAGAGCUCAUAUCAAACCCACCCAGGAAGAAACAGGAGAUACUCUCCUCCAUAA